AUGGGCUCGUCCGACAGUCCCUCGCCUGCACUACAAGCACUACCAAACGAGCUGCUUGGUUCUCUGUGCAGUCUGCUUUGCAAUCGCGACAUCAAAAACUUACGUCUGACUUGUCGAACCUUGGGAGAAAAGUCGCCUUUGAGACUCAACCGCGUUUUUAUCUCUGCUAACCCACGCAACAUUGAGGUGUUCCUCGCAGUCGCCAACCAUGACGUUUUCCGUCAUAGGGUGAAAGAGAUUAUAUGGGACGACGCCGUGUUGAGGAAAAUUCCCAUUACAGACGGCUACGGCCCCUGCGGCUAUAGCGGGGAUGAGAAUGAUUCUGAUGACUGUGCUGCCAACGAGGACAAGGAACAGAUCUCGAGGGAUUUUGUUCGUCUUUGCAAAGAUAGCAUCGGUCUCUCCAAGGGCAGAUUGCUGCUUAAUGAUGGAUACCAGUGCGACCUCGAAGUGCGGAAGCAAAUUGAUAACCUACUGCCCUCUCGAGACUCUUUGGCGUAUUAUACAGGCCUCUUGGAUCAACAAAGGGAUGUGCUGUCAUCAAACGCAGAUGAAGAAGCUUUUCGGUAUGCCAUACAACGGUUCCCGCAGCUCAGAAGAGUCACCCUUACACCAGCGGCGCACGGGUUUCUCUUUAUGCCACUUUACGAAACACCAAUGAUUCGAGCAUUUCCAUCUGGGUUUGUAUAUCCAGUUCCUCGCGCCUGGCCAUGUGAUGACAUUCUCGGGCUUGGGCAUACCCCUGAAGAUUGCCCAGAAGGGUGGGAAAAUGACGACGAGAGAAGACAGUGGCGAGGAUUCUGUAUCGUUACAAAAACUCUGGCCGAUUACGCAGACAAGCUUUCAAUCUCCGAACUUGUUGUGGAUAGUCACAAACUACCCACUGGGAUCGACUACACUCUUUUUGACAAGCCAAAUACAGAGUAUGAAAAUCUCUGCAAGAUUGUGGCACGGCCGGGCUUCAGGCGCCUUGUUUUGUCUCUAACAACUGGGUACCGUGCGAAUUUUGAGGCUGAAGAUUUGGAUAUUUACAGGAAUGGCAGAAUAUCCAGUCUUCUAGCCCAAGCGACCGACCUGGAGGAAGUAGUCUUGCAGAUGAACGAUGAUUUAGGUUCUUGGUUCUGCGAUAUGGAAGAUUAUCUAUCACUCUUUGAUAUCUUUCCCGUUGGCAGCUUAUCAAAUGCAAAAGUAAGACACUUUGGGCUUUCCGGGUUGCGAGUCAAACAGGAUGACAUUAUUUCGUUUCUCGGCCAGCUCCCAUCAACACUAAAAUCUGUGGACCUCAGCUUUCUCUCUUUGGUCAGGGACCAUGGAAACCAUGCUACCAUGUUGGCCGAUAUUCGGGACAAAUUAGGCUGGAGGCAUCGACCCGCCAGUGAAAGGAUCAAGGUCAGCAUUUCCAUGAUGCGCAAUCAACGCCUCAAAGGCCGUUACGUAUGCCUUGACAAGGAGGUUGAGGAAUACAUUUAUGGCGAUGGCCCCCCUCCUUUUGUUGCUACCGAGGGCCGGAUUCAAGCUCACUUCAAACAUGGCACCGGCAUUGUUUAUGAUGAGUUUGAUCCUAACUUCGCGGUACCUUAUCAAACGGGCAUCCUCAAGAAUGGUGCUAAUCUCUCUUUGUGGCGCGCACAGCAGAGUAACACUUAG